UUUACUGUAAUACUACUCCAACAAAGUGUACGGGAAUCGAAUCGUAUAUGUUUACAUUUUCAUUGAUAUCGGCUUCAUUAUAUUAUUGAUUAGGCAUAUGCAUCCAAGAAUCUCAACCGGUAUUGUUCAACAAAAGAUCUACCUGGCUCCAACACGAAUCAGAAAAGCUGGUAUCAAUAUGUGCAUUUGCAUUGUACACUUUCUGAAAAGUUUUUUGAGUAUACAGACAACAGAAGACAUUGAAAAAGAUAACUUCCACAAGGCAUUUUUCAUAUUGAAGGUGUUUGGACAUGGCAUUGCACCAUUUGUUGAACAGAAUAGUAUCGAUCUUCAUCGUCAUAUCUACAGUAAUGUAAAAAAGAAACUACGAAUUAAAUCAUUACCUCAGUGUGGCAAAUGUUCAGUGAAAGAGGUUAUAAAGAAAAGAAAACGCUGUCCAAACAAUAUUUGUCACAUAGUUUACAAUGAGAUUAUAAACCAUAUGACUCCUGAAUGGGCGAACAAAACAAAUAAUCACAUGAAUACGGAUUCUACAAAGUGGCAUAGCAGUCCUUUGAACAUUGCAAGGUGUUUCGCAAAAUGUCCAGUGGCCGAAGAACUCGAUUCGCAAGCAUAUAUAAACAUAAUGCGCAAUUGUACAUUCUUCAGUUUGUCUACAGACGGAUUAACGAAGAUAAAUAAAACACGAAACUAUCUGAGGCGAAACAAAACUUUCCGGCUUUCUUCGAUUGAAUUUAACUCACUGGCAAUCCUUAUGAUUGUUGAACUACAAAAUAUUUCUGGACGUUCUCAAGGAUAUUCACAAAUUCAUCGUCAAAUUGCAACCAUUGAAGAUGUAUGAUACGUUGCUCUUUUUACUUUUACACCGAUGCAUUUGCAUUAUUGAAUUCAAAUACGUGAAUAAUAUGUCGCUUAGAUGUUUCAUGCAUUAAAUUGCUGUAUCAACCAAAACUGUUUUUGUCUAACUCAACAGGUACGGCGCCAACGCUGUAAAGAUUAUCAAAGAAUGUAUUUCGUCUGGAUUGUUAUGAUUGCUUUGUUUUUUAUUCCAAUAACUAUUAACUUGAUAGCUGAAACAUCAAUGUAAUAUGAAAUUCACUUAGAGGAGUAUUGAUAAUUCACGUGACUUGGGUUUGCAAGCAAAACCAUUUGGAAUUGUAAUGUUGUGUGGAUGGACAUUGCCAAAGCCACGAAACCAUGAUUGAUAACUGUCGUUGCUUGUAAUAUUGGAUUGUAAGAACGAUUUAUUGAUUUAUUAUAUUAUUAAUUUGUGCGAAGACGCUGAAAGGUUACGAAUAGAUUUUGGGAUGAAUCACACAAGUAAACUUUUGUUUGCAUGUUUCUGUUUAAGUGUAAAUGUCAUUGCAUUAUCCGUCGUUGUUUAUAGCGUUGUAUGAUUAUAUAAGCAUUUUCAAAAUAUAGUCUCAUUAAUAGUAUUAACUGUGUUUAUAAAUAUACGCUUUGCGCACAUCGCCAAUAUUAUCUUUGUUUCUAUUAUGUUAAAGCACAUAUCAUAUGAAAGUUCAAACAGUGUACAUUGUAUUUAUUUCAACUGCUUGGUUAUGAUCCAUUUGUAAAUUUCUAGCUCAUAUGUAAUAUACGACCUUAGUGAAGGGACUUGAACAGCAUUCGAUAAUUAAUAUUGAUUUAUAAACGUAGUAAACUAAUGUGUGCGUCCAAAGGAAAAACUUUGUCUAUUAAUUAUUUCGGAAUAACAAUUACACACAAUAAGUAAUGUUACAAAUGAAAUUAUGCAUACCCACAUAAAUGUAUAUGCUAAGGCCUACAACCAUGGGUGGUAAAUGGUGUGGAUAACAUGGAGGGCUUAAAUUUUUUAUAAUUGGUGAAUAACUAUAUUUUCAAUAUGCGUACAUUUAAAUACCGAACACAUCAGAACAUCCCCAUUUCAAAUUAACCAUAUAUUAAUUAGAAUGCGUUUUAGUUUUAGUAAGUAUGAUUGAAUUCAAAUUAGACAUUUAAUAAUAAGAAUCCGUUGUAGUUUUAAUAAGCAUGAUAUUAUGCAAACCCAAGUGUUGUAAACGAUAAUUAAGCCUAUAUUCCCCACAUUUUAAUGAAAGAAUCUUACUAUAGUUCUGAUGGAAAUGUGUACGGCUUGUUCUGAUGCGUAAAUAAAAUAAUACAUUGCGUCAAAAUUAGUUCACGAGUUAAAAAUAAAAAACUCUCCACAUUGUCUUGCGAGAAAAAGUGGUCACAUGCAUGUGUAUUUGUUUUAUUAUUGUUUAACUUUUUUGUGCAAUGUGUAUUUGUAACAUGACCUACGCUCCAGAAGUGAAAUAACGUAAUGCUCAAUUGUGUUUAUUACACGGGUGUUAUUACUCUAGUUUUAUAACUGUGAAAUAACGUCAUUUGUAUUGACGAAAUGACGUCAUUAUCCCAGCGAAUUUUUUCAUUUAAACUCUUUUACAAUGUGAAUAAACGUUGAAAAGAGCAUAAAAUAAAAAUAAAAUGUGUUGGUCAUGUUAUAAAUAGAAUCUUAGAUUCGUGGUCAUUUUGUAUUGAAUUUAUUAAACUCGUCAUCUAAAUAAAGAUAAAAACUCGGCAAGCCUCGUUUUUAUCUUUAUUUAGAUGACUCGUUUAAUAAAUGCAAUACAAAACGACCACUCAUGCAAGAUCCUAUAUAUAUUAUAAUAGCUUAAUGAUAUGAAUGGUGAAUGUUAAAUAAACAGAACCCAUCCUUUUAAUCGCACUAGGUUUAUUUCAUUGUGUAAUUUAAUAGUUUUGACCAAAUUUAACAUCAGUUACAUAAAUAAACACCGGUUGCUGGGAUUUAAUUUUAUAUAAUUAUAGGCAUUAUGUCACUUUAUAUAUUUGAGGACUAUAUAAGCAAGCGCCUAAGGACUAUAAGGAAAAGCGUUUUGGAUAUUAGACGGUUAAGAUUUAAGUGGUGUGAUUGCAAUAUACACUGAGGCUGUUGGUGUUUUUAUCACAAGUUCUGGAAACAAACAAAUAUCGAAACAAGUUGGCGAAUAUUGUAGUUAGUGAAACUCAAACCGAAAAUGACAUCGCCAGCUGAUGAUUUUACUGGAGUUUGCUUCGAAUAUAUCCAUACUUGCCAAAAGGGACUCGAACAGUUUGUUCAAAUGCAUGGUCCACGCAUAUUAUCGGAGAUAUUUGACAGCGUGAAGACAAAACUUAAAAGACUGUCAUGCCAACAGAAUUGUUCGUUUGAAAAGUUUAUUAAAGGUUCAGCUUGCACAAAUUGCAUACGAGUUUUUUCAAACGAGUUCAACGCACAAUUACGAAAGAAAAAGAUAGCCAAAAAUGGCUCAAAAUUUCAUCCUUUUACGGUUACGGAAAUUCUCAAAUGGCAUUCCAAUCCAUCACAGUUUGGAAAAGAAACGAUGGCAAAUUUAGAGAUUAAACAUUGUGCUGCAAUCUUGAAGAAAAUUGGUGAAAACAGCUCACAAUUUCAACAAUUAAAUGCGACCAUACCAACGCUUAGAGUAAAAGUAAACAGAAUAGCUCAUGCUUCGAAUGUUGUAACACACGACGAGAUGAUUUUAAUUGCAACUGAUGUACAUGCUAUGUUGGAGAACAUCAUAACUUUAGUACCAAAUCAAUACGACAGUUCUGAAAUAAAUGAUCUUAUUCGGCAGCUCAAACAGAUCAACAGACGUGAAAGAUACGACAACCUACCCUUUGGUAUGAGUCCUGCUCAAAUUAUCAUUCCGCCUGGGUUUGGAAUUGGGUAUGUUUUUUUGGAGAAGACAAAUGCAUUUGUUGGCCAGAGGACAAAAGAGAGCGUCGAAAUCAGAUCAAGUGAAAGGUCCCGUUCUCAAAGCAUGGUGCCUGGCUUAUCUAAUGAAACGGUUAAUAUCGAGCCGUGUUGCAAAACGUUUGAGGUGUAUACUUAUGCACAUAAUGGUACGGUGACGGUGACAAUAAUAACAAGAUACAAUGCAGACGUGACGCGUGUGAUGUCAACAACAAUUCCCAACGCAGAACAGUUCUUCUUCGUGGCUGACUGUAGACUACCCGUACGGAAAGGUGUGUUUCAAACUAUUUUGGAUGAUCAACGAAAGCCGGAAAAAACUUCGGACCAUUCGUUACUCAAAAUCAUUGCUUCGUCUUCGAAGAACACUACAGCUAAAGAGCUCGGCAUGAAUGAGUUUGAUGUUUUUACAAAGGCGAACAUGACAGAGCCAAUUGUAUCAUACAACACAGAACCACGAGUACUGUUAUAUGACGUCGUUCAAAGAGAGACGUAUGAACGCAAACUACACUCCGGUUCUCAACAACCCACUUGCAGUAACGACAAUUCGUCACUCAAAAUCAUUGCUUCGUCUUCGAAGAACACUACAGCUGAAGAGCUUGGCAUGAAUAAGUAUGAUGUGUCUACAAAGGAGAACAUUACCGAGCCAAAUGUAUCAUACAACAAAGAACCACGAUCAGAGUAUUCGAAUAUGAAUAGUGAAUAUGUAUAUGGAAUAAGUACGGGAAGAAUGCAUAACUGCAAUCCGGUUGUCAAAUCACCCACUUGGAGUAAUACAUCGACGAAUCCUUUUACCUCCACUUAUCAAUCGAACGGAAGUUUGUUUAUAAACACAACAUCGACGAAUCCUUUUACCUCCACUUAUCAAUCGAACGGAAGUUUGUUUAUAAACACAUGUAACACAACAAGCCUGUUUCCUUCUUGCUCAUUUGGGACCACAAGUUAUCGGCCGUUAUGGUGGGAUCUUCCUUCACCAAUACAUCUAAUACAGCUGUUUGAAAUACCCGGAGUUUUUCGUUGGUUUUGCAUUAUCGCUCUGGUUAUUGGGAUUGUUUUUAUGUUACGAUUCGUACAAAAGAAACGGGCGCGGCCUCCCGAAAGAAGAUUGCUCUUUAAAUCUCCAAAGUAGGAGUACAACAUCUGAAAAGGAUUUGAUGAUCCAUCACUGUGGUUCGUGUCGAAAAUAUUAAGAGUUUGAUAUCUUAACUUGUUACAUUAAUGUUGAGGAAAGAAACUUUUUACCAUAUUUAACUUAAAAGUCAUAACAUUUGUAUCGAUAAACAACUUUUUUAACAGUAUCCUUUAACAUUAUCACAUAUAAUCAAAGUAUAUAUAAUGUGUACAUAUACGAAUUUAUUUUGUUAUCGAUGUCAUUGAGAAUAAUAAAUGAUGUUGUAUUUUAUUCUACAGACAUUUAAAUUGUUCUAGUACUAGCAUCUCAUAAAUAGUUAUAUCAUGUUUUGUCAACACAAUAGACAUAUUAACAUGGUUGAACACUCAUAAUUAUAAUCAUAUUAACCCUUUUAUAAACCUAACUUUCUGCUGUUUACACGGAUCAUAAGGAUCAGGCUUAAAGGUUUCUAAAAAUCUCAUUUGCAAUUAUCUUUGAAAAUGGCGCCCUCAGAUGUAUUCACUUAAGUUAAAAUAUAUGUGCCCGUAUGAUGUGUAACACUCUUAGGCAAUGGAUUUACUAAAAAAACAUAUCUUUUUUAAGAACCAUGUGCCAUGUUAUGAUUUAUUUUAUUCAGAUCUCAGCUGAGAUUUUACUGUUGUAUAUUUUUUAUUGUUUCAUGGCGGUUGUAUUUUGUAUUUAUUGAAUACGUUUACUGGAAGUUAUGUCGAUUCAUCGUAGAGUUUGAAUCGAUGAAUUGUAUUCACAUCCUUUUCAGUAUGCACGAUUUUUAUAUGCGUUAAGUUGUAAUAUAUUUAUAAAAAUAUGUUACAAUAACACAAAAUAGGCAAGAACAAUUAUACAUUGAAGACGCAUUUCAUAAAAUGCAGCAAUUAGAAAGACAAAUUAGCGCCCCGAGCCGAUUGUGACUAAGAUAGUUCCUACAUAUUUACCUACAAUAACCGAAGCUUUCUUUUUAUUAUGAGGAUCGGAGGUAGUGUUCGUGUGUCGUACGAAUAGAUAUCGUUGCACGAAAUCAAAAUGAUCCGUCAAACUAAAUUAAGAUUCACAUCGUACAUGCAUGAUAAACAUGCUGGCGAAUUCGACUGUACAGACAUUUUCGAUUUCAGAAUAAAUUAUCCGGCUUAUUUCGCAUUUUUCGACACAUGUUCUUCUUACUUUUUAUUUUAAUUUAUAUUGAAAAAUAUGAAUUAUAAGUUGUGUACACAUGUUAUAUAAAUUCAUAAAGAUUUGAAAAAAUCGAGCAUACUCUCUUAAAGGUAACUUAAUAUUAGAUCUAUCUUGCAAUUGCAUAUCGGGCUAAGUAGGGAAAGGUCCAUGACACUGUUUCUUAAAAUAGUAACUUUACUUCCAAUUAAUUAAGUGACGAUUAAGUUAUUGCUAUGACCAUAUUUGUGUCAGUUGAUGACAUGUAUAUAAGCUUAGAAUUGAUUGCAUAAAAAUCAGUUUGUGCUCAAUAAUAGAUAUGAUGUUGAGAUCGUGUUUGCAGGUUACGUUAAGGCAUAAACAGUUUUGGGUUCCGUUUGGAAGAAUUUUGGUCAAGGUCACAGUUACAUAAUAUAACAACAUUUAGUUGUCUCAUCGGCUUAAUAUUAUUGGGCGGGUAUUGCUUAAAUAAAUUAACUUGGUCACGCACAUGCUUAAAUUGAAGUUUAGGAUUGUAGUUGUGGGUUAGUGGGAUCAAUAGUCAAUUAAAAAAAAAAGAAAAUCAAGAGUUUCUGCAAAAAAAACUUGAGUUUGAAUUUGCGCUGCGUUACUAUUUUGUUUUGGUAGCUUACCUGCAAACCUAAUUUCAGAUUGCAUAAUUAUUUAAACGAAAUGAAAUAAUAUAUAAAACGUUGAAGAACUGGUUUCAAAGCAUGGUAAUGUUUCUCUAGUAUCUAUUUUUCCUGUACCAUUACUCGUCAAUCAAAUUUAUAAGUCCUUCACAUGUUAAU